AUGAGGCUACAAGCUUAUAAUUUUGAAGUUGUUUAUAAACCCGGAACCAGCAAUUUGGCGGAUGCGUUGUCGAGAUUAUCGGUACAACCUCCUAAGGAAUUUGACCCUUCAGAAGAAGCUUGUAUUUAUCACUUGGCUAGACUGGAUAUCCCAAAAGCUGUUACGCUUGAAGAAGUUGAAGACAUCUCAAGUAAAGAUCCAGAACUACGGGACACGAUAACGGCGUUAGAAACAGGGGAAUUGGAUAAGGUACCUCGAGUUUUCAAACCGUUCAUUUCGGAACUGUCAAGGUCCGGAAACCUGUUGAUUCGAGGAGACAGACUAAUAAUACCUACUUUGCUAAGAUCUAGGGUGCUGGACAUUGCACACGAAACACAUCCCGGUAUAGUGGUAAUGAAGCGAAAUUUACGACAGAAGGUAUGGUGGUCACUAAUGGAUAAAGAAGUAGAAUCCUACGUAAAAAAGUGUAAAGCUUGCACCUUAGUAUCAGGCUUGAACCCACCAGAACCAAUCUGUUCCACAAAACUACCAGAUAGGGCAUGGGCCCACUUAGCCAUUGACUUUACCGGACCAUUUCCGUCAGGGCACAAUUUGCUGGUGAUCAUCGACUACUUUAGUAGGUUUACAGAGGUAAUAAUAAUGAAAACCAUCACCGCUACCCUUACUGUUCGUGCUCUUCACGAAACUUUUUGUCGAUUUGGCAUGCCCGUUUCCAUAAGAACAGAUAACGGUCCACAGUUUGUGAGCGCGGAGUUUCGUCAGUUUUUGGAUCAGUUUGGGAUAGAACAUCGAAGAACCAUUCCGUAUUGGCCACAAGCUAACGGGGAGGUGGAACGAAUAAAUCGAACAAUCGGCAAACGAAUGAAAAUUUCGCAAGAACAAGGAUCCGACUGGCAAUGGGAUCUACGCAUGUUUGUCUUGAUGCAAAACUCGACGCCUCAUUCAACAACUGGAGUAGCUCCUUCCUCGUUAAUGUUUGGACGGCUUAUGAAAGACAAGUUACCAGGGUUAAUGACAAAACCGGAAAACAUUCUCGAAGAAAUCCAAGACCGUGACAAGGCUAGGAAAUUUCAAUCUACAGAAUAUGCCAACAACAGGCGUGGAUCACAACACAAUAGCUUGAAGGAGGGAGAAACAGUUGUCGUCAAAAGGACUCAAAAAGAUAACAAACUGUCCACAACAUUCGACCCUGAAGAAUUUGAGGUUAUCCAAAGGGAGGGGUUAAGGGUUAAACUGAAAUCCAAUUCAACGGGCACUACAAUGUACCGAAAUGUCUCACAUCUCAAAAAGCUUGUUUCAGAUACAACUGGAGGUGCAACCACAUCAUGCAAUCUGCCUCUCCAUAGCGAAGAUUCAGAGUUGACCGACUUACCCCCAACAAGGAGUCCUGAGGAGGGAACGCGAAACGAAAGUCUCGAGAAGGAAACGGCAAACGAAUGUCCAAAACGUGCUCGAAGGGAUCCUAAACGACCAGCCUACCUUAAAGACUUUACGCUUAAUGAAAUAACAAAUUUAUAA